AUGUCCAUGUUCAGGCGAGUCCGCAAAGCUCAUCGGAAAGCAAAAGACAGUGCCGGUUUCCCAUACGACGACGAGGGAAAUUCGCAGCUCACGAGUCGACCAGUCUCCGUAGACUUGAUUGAUCACCCUCGCAUUGCACCUGUGGCACAAUUUGGGCCUGACACGGGCCCUGCCCCUUUCGCCGACCAGGAUUUCCCCUCUCAUAAAGGCCUCUCUCAUCGGCUCUUUCCACCGCAGCCUGGGGGCAACGGUAGCCAUCGAGGCGACUCGUCCAUAGGUUCGACUCGAUCCGCUACGAGCACACCGUCGCGCAGAGUAGGCGCUAUCGAUAACAACGUCAUGGCUAGCACGGCCGAAAGGAGCCGUUCCCGGCGCGAAAGAACUUUUGUUGGCAGCGAAUGUGCUGUUUGCGAAGAGCCCCUGGAACACACUCUUUCAGGCGAGCGGAUAUUGCAAUUCUCUUGCUCCCACGUCGCUCACGAAGCUUGCUUUUACGAGUUCAUUCGCGAACUCGACGGGAAGCACUGCCCUACCUGCGAAGCUCCGCUCCACCUUGACACCAGCCGAGGGGGCAAUGUCAUAGACAUCAACAAAAUCAGCAACAUGGUUCGCUCAGCGGCAAGUGAUGGUCGCUCAGCGCAAACCCCGACACCGACCUGGGACAACCAGACUCUACGGCCGCCAAGUCUUGAAGAGUCUCCAAACAAGCACCAUGUCCAGCAACUCACCAGCAGUGGACGCGAAUGCGGCACCAAGGGCAGCCUCCGGGACAGCCGAGACGCGUCAUUGACUGACCGACAUGGUUCCUCAAGGCACGCGAGAAGCGACAGCGAGGCUACAGGCGUCGCCUCGUCCGGUGGAUACCCGGAGACGAUGCAAAGCACGCCAUGGCGACAUGAUUAUGAUGUGCAAGCCAUGGAAACGUCACCCGGCAGUCCACGCGCCAUUUCGCGCAGCCCUAUCCCGUCUCCAAUUGUCACAGUCCGAUCCGAAUUUCCGACCAUCAACCGCUCUCGCCAGCAACAAACACUAACCUGCUUGGUCACUGUCGAAGUUGCGGGUAACAGCUGGAGGCCAGACCCUGAAGACCUUGCCAUCGCCUAUCGUCAAUCCACCCCGGCCAGUGCCAGAGUCGAUCAAACGAUGACUCACACAGUGACUCAGGCACCGCGUGCGCCGAGAUUCAUCCCCUACGAAUCUCCCGAGGUCUUGGAAGAGAUUACCGAGUCUCUUCGGAAUCGUGUUGACAACUGGCACGGGCUAGACUUUGGAAGAUUUGGUCAAUUGAGACUCUACGGAACGCUACGUGUCGGUAAGGACAAAGUAUCAUGGCAGGAACUAGAGUGCUACCUGUUUGCCGAGAUGCUUAUUUGCGUCAAGGAGAAGAAGCUGCCUCCCCAGGCUGUAACCCGCUGGGACGGUAAUUCCGUCUCAGGGCAAGCAACCAGAUGCUCUCUUAAAGGGAGCAUCCUCAUCAAAAAGCACUUAAACGAGGUAUCCGAAACCGGGUCUUUGGACGAAAAUAUCCUGACGCUCAGUCUCUCCGUCGCCGACUUGCCGCAAUUCCACCUGCGGUUCGACAACCGGAACCAGCUUAAGCUGUGGAACCAGGCGCUACUGGACUUGAACAUGGUUGAGCCUUUGAUGGUUCGAAGUCCCGAUUUUGACCGCGGAGAAGUGUCAGAAACGGACGAGGAGACUGAGUGGCUGCGAUCCAGACCCCAAAGAGUCCCCUCCACCACAUCCUCUUGGGGACCAAAGUCCGUCACCACGGCACCGACUGAAUACACCAACUUCGCCGCCAAGGCGGCCCAUCCACACGGCUCGAUACACGUUCCCGUCGACGUUGUCGUUGUUGUCCCAAUCUCCUCAUCUAUGCAGGGCGUGAAGAUGAACUUGGUGCGCGAUGCGCUAAGGUUCAUGGUCCAUACACUUGGCGAGCGAGAUCGAAUGGGUUUGGUAACUUUCGGGUCCGGCGGAGGUGGAGUGCCCAUUGUCGGCAUGACGACAAAGGCAUGGCCCGGCUGGACCAACGUCCUGUCGUCCAUCAAGCCGGUUGGCCAAAAGAGCCAUCGGGCGGACGUGGUGGAAGGGGCCAACGUUGCCAUGGACUUGUUGAUGCAGCGCAAGCACAACAAUCCCAUUGCAACCAUCAUGCUCAUUAGCGACGCAUCCACGGCUGACGUCGACUCGGUCGACUUUGUCGUGUCUCGGGCCGAGGCCGCCAAAAUCAGUAUACACUCAUUUGGGCUGGGAAUGACGCAUAAACCCGACACCAUGAUUGAGCUGUCGGCCAAAACCAAGGCGUCUUACACGUAUGUCAAGGACUGGAUGAUGUUGCGCGAAUGCCUGGCUGGAUGUUUAGGCUCUAUGCAAUCGCUCUCUCACCAAAACGUCAAGCUCAAGCUGAAACUUCCCGAGGGCUCGCCGGCCAAAUUUCACAAGAUCAGCGGGGCCUUGCAAAUGACGAAGAGGGCAAGCGGUCGGGAUGCGGAAGCUUCUCUUGGCGACCUCCGCUUCGGCGACAAGCGCGACAUCCUGGUGCAGCUCGUCAUAACUCCUGACAGUACGUCGCAGGACCAGCUACCGCAAGAUCCAUGGGACAACAUCGUCUCUGGGCUGGAGGCUCUCGGUGGGUCGUCGGAGAACGAGGCCGAGAGGGCCUUGUCGAUCGAGGAGGUUCCGUUGGUGCAAGCUGAUCUGAGCUGGGACGACAUACUCCGUGCGGGUACUCUCCAGCACAUGCCUCGACCGUCGCUUUUGGCCAUUACCAUGUUGCCUCCAAGCUCGAGCCAAAAGAAGUCGCGGCCCAGCUCUCCGCCGAUCCCGCCGCACCCCAACAUAGUUCAGCGUCGUAUGGAGCUGCUGACAUCCGAUAUGCUCACCCGGGCUUUGACGUUGACGAGCCGUGGUCAGCACGAUCGGGCCCAAACAUUGUUGAGUGAGACUCGAUCGAUCCUGAAAGGACUGGGUAAGGGAGGCCUUCCUCCAGUACCGCAAGGGAGCAGCAAGCUUUAUUCACCCUUGGCGCCUCCGGUUGGGACCAACGACUCGGCCUCCCGUGCCCUAGCUGGCACUCCUGAUGGGAAGCGCAGCCCGUCGCCCCCGACGCCAGCCACGUCGUCUGGCGGAAAUGGCUCUGCGCAUGCACAACUCGGUCUUGGCCGGUCCCAUGACGAGUUUGGGCUAGGAAGGGGCAUCGAUGCGGGCACCGUAGCGGCGUUGGAUGCCGAGCUGGAGGCCAGUCUAGAGUGGAUAAAUCACCCUGCCAUAUUUGGACGGGACAGCCGCAAAGCCGUGCUGCAGGCCAUCGGCGUCAUCAGCUCCCAGAGAGCCUUUACCUUCCGCACUCCAGUCGAGACCUUGUGGGCUGGCCGCGUAUGCGGCAUCAAGCGUCUCUCAGACAAGAGCCGGGAGUGGCGAGCGGACGGCGGCGGUGGGGGUGGUAUCAUGGAAGAAGCUUGA